AUGUCUGAUGCCAACUUGCCAUGCAGUGUGAGCACUGGCUGCUCCUUAUGUCCUUCUCUGUGCACCUGUAUUUUCCACGGAGGCAGUGACAGUACUGGCAUCAGAACUGUGCUGUGCAAUAACCCGGACAUGUCAGAGAUCCCAACCAGCAUCCCGGGGGACACUGUCAAGCUACGGGUGGAGAAGACAGGCCUGCGGCGGUUGCCAAGUCGACCUUUCUCCUCCUUGCCCAGCUUACUGUACCUGUGGGUGAGCUACAGUGAGGUGGUCGCCAUGGAUACGGAAGCUCUUGCCGGCUUGACCGUGCUGCGGGACCUGAGACUGGACGGGAACCUGCUGACGGCCUUCCCCUGGGAGGCGCUGCGGGCCACGCCCCACCUGCAUGUGCUCAGCCUGCGCAACAACCGACUGGCGAGCGUGUCCAGCGAGGCUGCUCACUUCCUGAGGAACGUCACCUACCUGGACCUCUCCAGCAACAAGCUGACCACGCUGCCUUCUGAUCUUAUGGACAUCUGGCCUCCCUUCUCCAAAGUGAUUGGGGAUCCCUCUCAGAAAGUGCUGCUGGGCCUGCAAGAUAACCCGUGGUUCUGUGACUGCCGUAUCUCCAAGCUCCUGGAGCUGGCUAGGGUGCCAAAUAUUCAGCUGGUGCUGAUGGACACAUACCUGGUCUGCAGCGGGCCGGAGAAUCUGGCCGGGGUGGCAUUCCAGCUAGUGGCACUAUCCCGUUGCUUGAAGCCUGCAGUGGUGACCUCCAGGGCACAGCUCAUCUCGCUGCUGGGCAGCAAUGUGCUGCUGCGUUGUGAUGCCACCGGCUACCCCACCCCCAGCCUCUCCUGGUUGCGUGCAGAUGGGCUGCCCAUCAACACAACAGUUGUCCAGGAGUCUCCAGGCAAUGGAAUACGAUGGUCCAUAAUUAGCCUGAAUGCGGUUUUGUACAAGGAUGCAGGUGAAUACCGCUGUAAGGCUAAGAACGUGGUGGGGUCAUCUGAGGCCUCGAUCACCCUGACUGUAGCUGGUGUAAUCUCCACUAACAUCCCCAAAGCAAAGCCGGCUUCACAUGACGAAACUUGGACAUUCUCCAUCCCGGUGACAGACCCCAAGUCUACGGCAACCAGACCCACUGGGGUUGGCUUCACCCUAUCACCUGGUCCUAGUGACAGGACAGCCCCAAGCAUCAGAAGCCAGCAGGAGGGUCUCUUAGAGAGCGAGGUGGUGGGCAAGGUGCAGGAAAGAGGAGCUUUCAGGAAGCCAUCACAGAGUGGCAAGAACAAGAAGGCAUCCAGUGCCACCUUCUCCACAAGCCGAAGUUAUGCUGUCAAAAACAUCCGGGCGGUAGAAGAGACAGCCAACAGUGUGACGCUGCUUUGGAGCACAGAUGGAGCUCAGGAUGGCGCUCUGGUUUCUGUAGUAUAUUCUUCAUAUGAGGACAAGGAGAAACAGAUGGUUAAGACUGAGGUUGGGAAAGGCAAGCUGGUACUGAUGGGCCUCAAGCCACAGAUGAAGUACACAGUGUGCCUCGUCACCAAUGGACAGCCACAGAAAAGCCCAUGCAUCAGUUUCUCCACCAGGGCCGCCAACGUGGGCGUGAGCCUGGGCUGGAUGUUUGCCGUGGCCGGUGCCGUCGCCUGUGCUGUAGCACUGUCUCUGUCCGGCCUCCUUCUCCACCGCUGCCUGUCUUCCUUCUGCGGCAGUAGUGCGGGAUCUGAUGACGAGGAUCUCUCCAAAGAUACCUACGUGAAUUUCGAGACGGUGUCAUUAAAACAGAGGACGCUUGGAAGUCAGGUGGGCGAGCUGUGGACCCGACAGCAGACGCAGGAGUCCGAGAGGAUGCUGCUGUGCUCCCAGUCCAGCACUGACUCAAUGCUCACAUUCAGGAGUGACUUUUCUAGAGCUGAGUACCCAUGUUAGCAAGAGGAUGCCAGCCAAGACCGCAGCAAAGAUGGAGCUACUACCACCGAGACAUUCAACUGUUGCCAUAAUUGUGCCCUUGAGAAGUAAGUGGGCUAUCACGCGUCAGUCAAAAAUGAGUUUAGUGUCCAAUAUUAAUUAUUGAGGGUUUAUGUAUCUUUUAAAUAUACCAAAGAUGUAUAUCAAUUGUAGGGUAUAGACACUGAUUUUUUGAAAAAAUUUCAACUUUGCAGCUCAUUUUCUCAAAACUUUGUUUUUGUGGGAUAGCCCACUUUACCUCUCAGGGGCACACUUGUGAUGGAUGGCUUAUUUUUAUUGUGUUAUUUUAAAUCAAAGGGUAAAUCUGAAAGGGCACAUUGUAAAUAUAGCUGUAAAAAUUAUAAAUAUGUUAAAUACAGUGUUAGCCACCUUAUCUUGUUUGAAACCUGUCCGAAAUCUGAUUUAACAGCUUUUAACGUUAGACCUUUCCAGUGUUAGUGGAAUAACUGAGACAUUAAAAGCUGCUACACCUGGUCAUGCAGUAAAUGAGACGGCAGCAGAAUUUGCACACGGCUCCAGAGGUGCAGAGUCUGUAACUUCUCCGUAUUUCUUUCUUCUGUAGUCAGCUGACUGUCACUGUGAAAGAUUGCAUAGUAUAGUCAUUUUUACUCAGCAACAGUAACAUACAAUUGAAAAAAUCAGGGUCGGCUUGUCCUGGGAGCAACUGACCUUGCUCAGUAGCCCAAAGUGACACUGAACAGGAUCUGAACCCACGACUGUUAGGGUUAUCUUCUUCUAAAGAUACGCUGGAAACAAACCAGUCUCUGAACACAGAACAACACGCACAGCUGUGAUGAUCUUUUCCUUGCUGCAAGGGAAGCCCGGUCCUGACCUCGAGGUGUCAGCCUCUCAGUCGAACUCAGCCAACUUCGAAAGAGGAACUCCCCUCGCAGUGUCUUUUAUUGAGGUACACAAACAGGAUAUGCAACGGACAUUGAACAUUGUUUAUCACCCUGUAUGGGGUGGAAAUAUUCAAGCGACAGUUCUUAAGCAGUGUUAUUGCUAAAUUAAGAUCAAGCUGCUGUAGGGUGUUGUUUCCAAGUGUCUAGCAAAAUGACAAUAAAAAAGUACAUAUUUCUCUAACAUUUCCCUCCGGUUUGUCAUCUUCUUCACUCCAUGUCUUAACCUUCAGGCCGCCUGACAGAAUACUUCGCCUGGCAGAAAUGGAUACAGCGAGCCGCGCUGCUCUGGAGGAGCGCCUGUCCAACGUGGAACAGCUCCUCGCGGCCCAGGCUGUUCAAACUCCCCUGCCGGUAUCUCCAC